CUUUAUUGUUUCAAAAGAGACAAACUAACCCCAGGUGUGCAUUAAGACAUACAUUAGAGAGAAGCAUGCACCUGCCCUGGGGUCUCAAGCCUCCUAAUGACGAAAUGGUACUACUAAUUUUCAGAGGAUUAUAUAAAGGAGACCAAGAACAACAUACUUCAUCUUCACAAAGACAACAGUUCCAAUAUGGAGUGGAAAGGAAGGCAACUGGUCCAGUUGUUAAUGCUCAUGUUUGUGCUAGAAGUUACUCUUUGCCAACACUGGUCAUACGGUUGGCUUCCUGGUGGAAAGAGAAGUGUCGGUGAAGUAGAAGCAACAUUUCGUAUGAUGGAUGGUGGUGACUCAGUGCUGUCUAUUCCUGCUGACUCUCCAAUGGAGCCACUUCCACCAAUACACAUAGUGAAUGAGGUGGAUGCCGAAGGUUUGCCUCUGAAGAUGCAAAGAUUUCCCAACAGACGAGGAAGAAUAUAAAAAUAAAAGAUGCAUCUUUAAAUCAGUUAAAAUAAAAUUGGUUUUAUCAUUUGGAAAGAAAAUGUCAUGUUAAAAUGUAAAAAACAUUCCUGUUAAAAUAUCCUUAAUCUCUGAAUGUAAUUAAUAUAACACUGCGGGGUACAUAAUUGUUUAAAGUGUACUAAUGAUACAAAUAUAUUAAUUAUAGGUAUUUAAAGAACAAAAGAUUUGUACACUGAUAAAAUAAUCAAAAGCCCAUUUCAAUAAAAACAUGAAUACACGUUUCCACAAUUUCUCAUCCACAUGGUGGCACUCUUGUACCAGGAUAUAUAUAAACCAAAACACUUUCUCCCUUUUUGCAAUUAUAUUUCUAUUUUUUGUGUAUUAGGCUGUAAUUAGUUAAAUCGUUAAAUUAUAGCCGUUUAAACAUGUCUGCUGUGAUCAAUAAACAUAC